CGUCAGCCCCGCCCAUUGUAAACGUAUAGAGAAAAUGACAGAGAUGUGAUUGUUCAAUGGUUCAGUAUUCUUCACAUUAAAAUGAAAAACCCGUUCAGGCACUGUACCUGGAGGAGUUAACAGAUCACCUGGUGCUUGAAAUAUACCUGCGGAAUGACAGCACGAAUAGCAACGACACUCGCGUAUCGUUUUGUUUGAUCCCCUUUUGCUUGGAUAUACUUCAAACCCCUGUGUUGUCGUGUACGGUUGUGCAUGAACAAGAAGGCAUUGCUGGGGAAUGUGUGUCCUGGAAGGGUAUCGUGCGAGUUAGCGAUCCAAACCCUCUAGUUUGUUCUAUUGGAAACAAGUACAUCAGGUUGUAGGGACUGUGUAAGGGUUAAAUGAGCGACAAUAGAUAGUAGAGACACACGAUACAAUGGCACCGAUGGGUAUCCGCCUGUCACCUCUCGGUGUGGCCAUCUUCUGCCUCCUGGGAGUCGGAGUGAUCUACCAUCUGUAUGCUGGAGUCAUCUCCAACCGGGUGGCUGCUUUCAGGCAGGGAAGCAAAGUGGAUCUGAGGGAUCUGCUUGCAUUGUCUGUGGAAGCGGCGGUGCAGGGAGGCAAAGAGGUGAAGAAGGUCAGAGAGGAGAACACCCUGGACGAGAGGACAAAGGGCAAGACCAAAGAGGGAGCCAGUGAAUUAAUGACGCUGGGUGACCUCAGGUCCCACAAGAAGAUGUUCUACCUGAUGAAGAACACCUACCCAGCGCUCAAGGUGAACAGCGAGGAGCACGACAGUUCCGUGGGUGAGGACGAGGUCUGGAACAGGGACAUCCCGUCUGACAUCCUGGAGAAGGUCCCCGAGGGGCAUGAGGUUCCUGCUCACACGGUCACCGUGUGGAUCGACCCCCUGGACGCCACACAGGAGUACACCGAGAACCUGUCCCAGUACGUCACCACCAUGGUGUGUGUGGCGGUGGACGGUAAACCGGUCAUUGGAGUCAUACAUAAGCCCUUCACCGGAGACACCGCCUGGGCGUUUGUGGGCCAUGGCACCAACGUACGUGCGCGGACCUCCUACAUUAGCAGCUCACCCAAGGUGAUCGUGUCGCGCUCGCACGCAGGGAAGGUGAAGAGCUUCAUUCAGGAUGCCUUCGGGAACACAACCACCAUUACACCAGCAGGCGGAGCCGGCUACAAGGUCCUGUCCCUUGUGGAGCCUCUCCCUCAUGACACGGCCGCCACUUCAGACCAGGCUGAUGUCUACAUCCAUGUGACCUUCAUCAAGAAGUGGGACAUCUGCGCUGGCGCCGCCCUGGUAGAAGCUCUGGGGGGCAAGAUGACUACGCUCAAGGGGGAAGUCAUCGACUACAGCGGCAGCGAGGGAAACAGCGGUGGCCUGGUGGCCACCGUUGGCCUGGACCACAAGGCUCUCCUGGAGAAGCUGCCCAACUGGGUCCCCGAGAAGCACUGAUGUACCCCGAAGCCGUGAGCCGAGACAUUUAAACGCAUCUCAUUGUUGUACAAAGACACACAAAAGAAACCAGACCUGUUAAGUAGCGUAGUGGCUACGGUAGCAAUAUGGAGCACAACCAUGCCAGAAACCAUCCGAGACGCAGGGACGUCCUCGUAAACCAGCUCGCUAAACCAGAUUUCACCUGACAUCGGGAUUACGGGGAAACGUGAAACAAAUUGUUGCUGUGACUCGUCUUUGCGGGUUUGGUUUGACCCCUGGCCGGGCCUGAAAGGUUGUGUAGCUGGUGUUAUCCCCCUGACUUGAUAACACUCUUUCAAUACACACUCUUCCCUAUAAACCCAUCUCUAUGUCAUAUCCCCGUAUUUCCGGUCAUUCCCGUUUUCUUGGCAGACAUGAUGCUGAGGAAUACCUUGAAGCUAUUUGAAACCAGAAAGAUGCAUCAAAGCAAGAAUAAACAAUGGCAUUGUUCCGUUCUACAUUGAGUUUAGAUCAUGAUCAUGCAUGAUUCUUUUACAUGUGAUUAUAAAAAGUGUUCAUGUCAAUGUAUGGUCCUAGCAACGGGCAAUUUCACUGGUUUUAUCUACCAACUGUCCUACUGCUCCUGGUAAAAUGGAACUUAUUCACCUAGCGGCCAGCUUGUCAUCUUGGUCCCUUCCCUAUCAAUAUGGUCACUAGGUGAAUAAGGCUAAAUGGUCACUGCCUGUUAAAUUUAUGAUUCUACAGGCAAGUGCUUAAGUGCUUAACUUCAAAAUGUAUUGAAUGACGCAAGAAUUGUUAGUUGUUAAAGGGUGUUUGCCUCUGCUUUUUUAUAAUGUAAGCGAAUAACUGCUUUAUGUUAGAAAAAAGCUGGUGAUGGUUUCUGUUUAAUAAUCCAUCUCUUGAGUCGUAAUGGCCCACUGCAAUCAACCUAGUUCUGAAGACUUAAGCCAUCUUGCUCAAUACUGAUUAACAUCAUAAGCCCUGUUUUCUGUACAUUAUUUGUGUUGCAAAAUGGGUCUGGAGAUGGAAGUCCAUAAGCUAGCAAGGAGGAGUGCUAGCUGAUAUGGUUGAUAUCCGGUGGUCCGAUUCAGUAUAGAUAACACAGUAGUUAUCUAUACUAAAUAAUAAAAAGUUGUUUCUG